AACACAAGUUACACAAAUCCUUAGAUCAAUUUUGUCCACUUACAAGCAAAGGUUGAUAUGGAGGGAAGAGAGAUCGAACGGUGAAGAUGAGGGAAGGUGAGAGAGUCUAGGUUUUUGUGAAAUUUUUAUAUAAAUAUGAUGAAGAACAGUAAACAAAAGAGACUAAGAGACGGGGUUGGCCGACAGCCACAAAAGGAGAUCCGUGGGGGUUUCCAUUCCCUCGCGGAUUCUGAGAUUUUGGUGAGUUUUUUGGCUUCGAUUUCCUCUGAGCUUGAAUCUAAGAGUGGAAUUGGAGCCUUAACCUCUGUUUCUGGGUACGGUUACUGUGGAUUUGUAAUUUCUAUCAAGAAAUUUUAGUGAAGUUUCAACUAAAUUUAUAUUAUAUUAUAUUGUACUACAUUAAUUAUGAUACAGGGGUCUGAGACAUUAGGCUUUAGUUUUUUUAGAGUUAAUUUUUUUAGAAGGUUAGGUUUUAGAUUUUAUAGGAUUAAGUGGAUUUAGAUUUUAGAAUGUUAGGACUUUUGGGCCGCACCAGCACGAGCCACUACAACACCUUCCCAGCGUCUUCGAUCUCCUCCCUGAAUGACGCUGGCCUCCGGCUCCCCUAUCCCCUGAUCGUCCUUAACAGCUGUGUUUUAGAAUUGAAGGAUGGACUCUGUUUUUCAUAUCUGAAAUAACAUAUAUUUGAGAUUUUAAAUUUUUUGGGGCUCCAAUCAAAGCCUCCAUUAUCC